UUUACAAGGGAAAGGAGGGGCCAAUGGCAAUGGCAAUGUACAACCACACAAAAUAGAGAGAGUGAUCACUAAAGUGAUGGAGUUUUUGAAUGGUUAAUGGUGAUAUGAUGAACAUGGCAUUGGCAUCUUCUCUCUCUCUCACUCUAAGUCUCUCCACCUCCUCCUAUUCCUAUCUUCCCCACACCAACACUAUCCUAACCAAACAUGGGUUUCGAUAUCCCAGUAUAAACUUAUCCUCCUCCAAGCACCGUGUCUUCUCAGUCUCUUCUUCUUCUUCUUCGCUUCAAGCUCUCAUAUUUGACUGUGACGGUGUUAUCCUUGAGUCCGAACACUUGCAUCGUCAGGCCUACAACGAUGCGUUUGCUCAUUUCAAUGUUCGUUGUACUUCUUCUUCUGCCCAACCACUCAACUGGGGCAUCCACUUCUAUGAUGAACUCCAAAACCGCAUUGGUGGAGGCAAACCCAAAAUGCGAUGGUACUUUAAGGAGCACGGGUGGCCUUCAUCCACUUUAUUUGAAACAACUCCAAGUAGUGAUGAGGAUCGUGCCAAGUUAAUUGACAUAAUUCAGGAUUGGAAGACUGAGAGAUACAAAGAUAUAAUUAAGUCUGGAACUGUAAAACCCAGACCUGGAGUUUUGAGAUUGAUGGAUGAGGCCAAAGAUGCUGGGAAAAAGCUAGCUGUUUGCUCUGCUGCAACUAAAAGUUCAGUUAUUCUCUGUCUUGAAAACCUUAUAGGAAUCGAGCGCUUUCAAGGCCUUGAUUGCUUUCUUGCUGGUGAUGAUGUGAAGGAAAAGAAGCCUGACCCGUCAAUAUAUCUGACAGCUUCCAAGACGCUGGGUGUGUCAGAGAAAGACUGCUUGGUGGUAGAAGAUAGUGUUAUUGGGUUACAGGCAGCAACAAAAGCAGGGAUGUCAUGUGUGGUUACCUACACAUCUUCCACGGCUGACCAGGACUUCAAAGAGGCCAUAGCAAUCUACCCUGACUUGAGUAACAUAAGAUUGAAAGAUUUGGAAUUACUACUUCAAAAUGAAGUAGCUGCUAAAUAGGAGAUUUUCUUGUCUUGGAAAUGUUGCUAUUUCAGCUUCCCUAAAAAUGGUUUCUAUCAGGAAAAUGGGUUGAAUAUUUGAUGUUUACCAAUUAUCACAAGGUUAAGAUCUUGUUUUUUUUUUUUUUAACAUGUUUUUAUAUAUUCAUUGACAGCCGAUGUAUACAAUACAUGUAAGAAAUAAUGUGAAAACAAUUCAUUGGAAGAUGUAAUAAAGAUGAUAAUCUAUAUCUUGUUUGUA